AUUUUACAGGGGUUAACUGAUGGACUGGAGUGGUGUGGAUUAUUGUGAUGCUUUAUCAACUGUUUGGACCACUGAUCUAUAUUAUAUUAUAGAUCAUUGGUUUGGACUCUACUUCUGCAGAAGAUCAACUUAUGAGCAAGUGAAGUAAUGCUACAUUUCUCCAAAUCUGUUCCGAUGAAGAAACAAACUCAUCUAAAACUUGGAUGGCUUGAGUUUGAGUAAAUAUUCAGCAAAUACAUUUUUUGGGGGGUGAACUAUCCUUUUAAUCAAAAUGUUGAUUAAACCUUGCUGGAAAUGUGCAUUAUAGCAGCCAAUGGUUUAUAGAUCUUAAUCACCUUGAAAAUAGCCAUAAAAAAUGUCAAGUCAAGUUAGUUUAUUUUCCCAAAUUUGCAUGAUUAAAAUGACAAAGUUUGUGAAUAUUUUAGAUAAAGAAUGUGAUUGGAAAUGUUUCAAAUAUAUACGAUCUGAAGCAACAACAACAAAAAAAAGCUAUUGGCCUAUUUGUAUCCAGAGAUAGGUGGAAGUUGUAACCACAACAUACUAGGUUGUCAUACUUAGUUGUUGUCUGCUAUUAUUUUGAAAGAGCAACCACUUUGUUGGCUAAUCUAAGACGUUCUGCCAGAUUAAAUAUAGAUCUCACUGGAAGCUCUUAGUCAAUAGUUUGAUUCUGCAUUUUUCUUACUAAUUUUAGAAAUGUUUGAUGUCAACAAAAAAGGGUUUUUUCCAGUAUCUUUUGAUGAUUUAGAGCUGCAGGUUCUUGUAAAGUGUCACCGAGAUGGAGCGAGCAAUAGUGAUUGUCAUCACGCUUGUAUGUGUUUUGUUCUGUGAACAGCAGAGAGUCUUUGGGGCAGAAGUGGGCAUGAGAGUUAAAGCAGGAGACAGCAUUACUCUCUACUGUGACUGUGUCAUGCCAUUAGGAUCACACAUUUUUUGGUUGAGAAACUGCUCGCAUGAACAUCAACCAUCUCUGUUAAUAGAGGCUGAUAACCUGUUCCAGGGGACAUUUCCACGUUUUAAUUUCGUGCUGAACAGCUCCAGUAACUCCUAUGAUCUACACAUUACAAACUUCAGUGUCUCUGACGAGGGACUGUAUUAUUGUGCAAUAAAAGAAAGAAAAGUAUACGAUGUACACAACAUCGUAGGCUCUGAGUACCAGUAUGGAAACAGAACGACUCGGUUAUCUCUCUUGGAACCAGCGUCUCCUCACGCUGAGAGGUUCAACAGCACCUCCACACCUGUAUCAGAGCCCUGCUGGAACCCGCUGUUCAGUGUGUGUCCAGUGUGUGUUCUCCUCUUCUCCGUCUGUGUUCUCUGCCUCUGUCGGAGGAAAACUACAGUUGCUGCAGCAACACAGACUGAGAACAGAUAUUACAAGGGUGAAGAUGAAGUGAGCUACGCCUCACUGAACACACUUUCCAUGACUGCAGUGAAAACACAGACACUGCAGAAUUCAGAUUUCUGUACUUACACUGAGGUCAGAACCAAAAGAACACAAAGAAAGGAUUCUGGAACCCACUAUAGGGCUUGAACUAUUUCACCCCUGGUAAACGAAAUCCUGGCUCCUUGCUUCACAAUUCACACUGUUCAUUAUAAUUAAACCAGGGAUUAUAAAUCAUGGGUAUUCAGAAACGGAUGUGCAUUCCGAAACCAUGGGUUAAUGUUCUCAUUUGCAUAUUUGCGGUGUCAGUGUCAUUGUUUGGACGAAUGCAGCACCUGACCUGUUUAAAUAAUGACUCUAGCUUUGCGCAGCCUCAUACUUUAUAUUUCAGACUUGCUUUCAAGCAUUGUAAGAAUAAAACAGGCUCUUCUUUAUUUCAAUACAAAUAUAUGCAAUACAAAAGCCUUUAUUGACUGUAUGUGUUACUUCACUUAAAUAUUUACCAGUCGCCACUGUGUAAAUAUUACCAUUGUGAAUGCAUUUUAUGUAGAUUUAGUCAAAUCCAAUGUUCCCAACAUUUAAAAAAAUAUAUAUAUUUCUUAAGAAAAAAAAAAAAAAUUCUGCUGGGAGGACAUUUGAGGCCACCUGAGAAUAAUCAAAUUUAUUUAUUAAUUAUAUUAUAUUUUAUUCUUUAGAAGCAGAAAAAAGAAAAGAAAAAAAAUCUAAAUAAAGAAAACAAGAUAACAAAAUACACAUAUUUAAAACCAAACACACACACACACACAGAGAAAACCCGGAUUGUCUCUAUUAACAAAUAUAUACAACAUAGGCCUCAGAAUUGUUUUAUAAUAGCAAAAACAUUCUUUAUACCAGACCUGUACACACACACACAAGCAAACUUUUAACGUCAGUGUGCUAUUUAUAUUUUAUUUGACCCUUGAUGUAACUAAAUGAUGAACAUUUUUGGGU